AUGAACCUUGAAAGUAAUGGAUUGUCUGUGCAGUGCUACCUGAAGCCAAAGCUGAUGGGAAAAAUGAGAAGAAGAGUUCAGGAGAUGAGAAACCCAAACGCUCAGGGGUCUUCAGUGGAUCUGAGUCACAAUGAAAGCACACGACUGGCUAUGGAUGCUCUCCUGGACAAAGGGCUUGAUGGAUACCAGGAAGUGCUGAUCAAAGAGAAUGAGGCAAACUUUCUGUCUGCGGAGGAGAAAACAUAUAUCUUAAACAACAUUAAAAAGCCUCUCACUGACGAUGACGAGGCAGACAGAGAUGAAGAGAUGUCCAGUUCUCCAUCAGUUUCUUCUGAGACAUAUUUUCCUGCAGUCACAGAGAGUGAACCUCCAGUUCUGGACUACGGCUGGCCGGUGGCUGACUGGAGUUACCAUCUGCAAGGCAUUCCUAGUGUGGAAGUGUUCUUCCAGUCAGUGAAAUCCUCUUCCAUGAAAGACCUGCUGCGGGAACUCAUCAGGCAAGCAACUACAGUUUUGGCGAUAGUUAUGGACACAUUCAGCGAUGUGGAGAUUUUCUGUGACAUACUGGAGGCGACAAGAAAGCGCAAUGUGUACGUCUAUCUCCUUCUGGACCACACCAAUUUACAGCUGUUUCAGGACAUGUGUGAAAAUGUAAAAAUCAACAAGUCACACCUUAGUAGAAUGUCCAUUCGUAGUGUUCAAGGUGAGACUUAUUGUGCCAAAUCGGGCAGAAAGUUCACUGGACAGAUGAAAGAGAAGUUCAUCAUUGUGGACUGCACAAAAGUACUGGUCGGCACGUACAGUCUCACCUGGCUGUCCUGGCAGGUUCACAGAAGCUUGUCCGUACUCUUCAAAGGCAGCGGUGUUAAACCUUUUGACCUGGAGUUUCGCAGACUCUACGCACUUUCUAACCCAGUGCCAGGAUAUACCUGGCAAACAUCAAAUCCUGCUGAUCUCCACCUACCCUUCAAGAAACUCCAGAUCCCGAUAUGGCCAGCAGGAAUUCCCGGAAACACUGCUGACCACCAACAGAAACCUCAUAAGCCAGGUAACCCGAGUUUCCCGACUCGUCCUGUCCUGGUCAGGCAGACCAGCUAUCCAAGUGUCACCACUGGACCACAAAGAUCUCAAUGGCUUCCACGGAGGAACUCGAUCCAUCAUCCCACUGCUUGUCAGACCCCCCUCUUCAAAGAUUAUAUGAGAAGCCAAACCUGGCGCCCAAUACAGGGGAAACACAUCAACAGAUGAAGCUGAAGAU